CGGGGAGGGAGAGGGACAGUCCCACGUGGAGCCGCGACUCGCCUCCUUACAACUUCGCGGAUCCCGAGACGACCACCGUCAGUUCAUCUCGUGAUCCGCUCGCGCGUGGUUGGACUUUUCCCACGAGCUGUGCGAAUCCUCAAGAAGGAAGUGCUAAGGACGAAACAAUGAUGAAACCAAUGCAGACGGCAGUUCUGCUUGUCGCGAUUUUCGUCGCUUCGACGGCGGCGAUGCAGAAUGUUUACUAUACAUCAAGAGUCCUUACCGGUGGGAGUAGUUGCGACAGCCACACCUGCGGCGUUAACGCGAGAUGCACGAUAAGCGAGGGUCGUCCAGUCUGCUCUUGCCUCAAUCUCCACAUGGGCGAUCCAUUGGCCGUGUGCAACCGCGUCGAGUGUAUAAUCAACGACGACUGCAUCGGCAACAGGAUCUGCUCGUCGAACAAGUGCGUGGACCCGUGCGCUGACGCCUGCGGGACGAACGCCUUAUGCCACACGAGGAACCACGUGCCGGUCUGUAGCUGCCCCUCGGGCUACAACGGCGACCCCUUCAAAAAUUGCGUCUACGAUCCUCAGGCACCGUGCAAGAACCCAAAUCCCUGUGGCAGCAACACCAAGUGCGAGGUGAUAAAGGGCGUGGCGACGUGCACGUGCUUACCGGGCUACCGGGGCCGACCACUCGAGGGCUGCCGUCACGAGUGCGAGGCUGAUACCGACUGUCCCCAGCAUCUCUCCUGUUCCUCGGACUUCAGAUGCGAGAAUCCCUGCAGUAGCCAGUGUGCCGAGAGCGCCGAGUGCGAGGUCGUCAAUCAUCGUGCCAAGUGCACCUGUCCCAAGAAUUGGCUGGGCAAUCCUCUGAUAUCGUGCAGGCCCGAGUGCAGCCACCACUCGGACUGUCCGGCUGGUAAGCCCGCCUGCCAUUACCAGAAGUGCGUGGACCCCUGUGACGGAGUCUGCGGCACCCACGCAAACUGCGAGCUCCGGGACGUGACGCCCGUGUGCAGUUGUCCCAAGGAUCGCACGGGUGAUCCCUUCACCCACUGCAGGCCCUUCACCGACGAGGAUCUGUGCAGUCCAAAUCCAUGUGGCACGAGUGCCGAGUGUCGCCCGGGCCACGACAAUACCGGCAAGAAGCGCCCGGUCUGUACCUGCCCCCACGGCUACGUCGGCAACGCACUGAUCAGCUGCCAGCGAGGCGAGUGCCUCUCGGAUGCCGAGUGCCCGGACAACCGAGCCUGCAUCAAUUUCUCCUGCCAGAACCCGUGCACCGGCCGCGAGUGUGGCUUAAACGCGAGCUGCUCGCCCAGACGACACAUCGCCGUCUGCACCUGCAACGACGGCUACCGGGGCGACGCGCUAUUCUCGUGCAAUCCCAUUGACGCGGGCCGCAGCGCCAACUACUACGGUCGAUACUCCCGGUAUUAAUGCUCCGACGGUUCGUUAAGGACAUCUCACCGGGACUCAUCGUGCCUGCGAGUGCCUGGCUUCCCCGCACUGCCGCCUACCACCGUCGCUCACACAGUGGACUGUCGGAUUAUUAUUAUUGUUGUUAUUGGGCGCAAGCAACGAUCGUUAGGCAUUAUCAUCGUCACCAUAGUCACUUUUAUUAUUACUGUUAUUAUUAUUAUUAAUUCUCAUUCUUAUCGUUCUUCUUGUUAUUUCAACGAUUAUUACUAUUAAUAUCACUAUUAUUGUUGUUGCUGUAUUAUUUUGAGCUCAGCUGAGUCACGUUGCAUGAAUUUUAAAUUCAACUUUUUAAUGAUAAUUUAAAUUGCCAAAGCCUAUAUUAUUGAGGCUUGCCGAAUUUAUAGGGAGAUAAUGUUUGCCGAAGUUAUAAAUCGAACGGUUAUGGAAUAAUAUCGACAUAAUUACAAAAUCUUACUUUAGAUUUUCGAUAGUUUACAUAAAAUAUUUGAAUUAAUAACUUUUAUUGUCGUGUACUUUGGUGCUUCAAAGGACUUCAUAGGCAUUUUUAGAUGCAUAUUGCUAUCAUUUUUAUUUUUGUUUUUGUUUUAGUUUUUGUUUUUUUCUUAAAUGAUUUAAAGCAACUAAAUGGAUGAUACAUUUUGUCAAAUGAAUUGUUUUGUAAAGAUAUAAGAUUCAUGGCGAAUACGGCGCUUGAUAAUAAUACAGCCUUGCGUUUUACAAAAUACAUUAAUUUCACAAGUACACCGAUAGAAUAUAAAAAAAAAAAAUAAUAAAU